CAGCACAGUCACACCACCACCACCACUGCCCUGCCAGACUCAGACUCGCUGUGAACGCUUUGCCUCCACCCGGAUUUGUGGCUGCAGGGGAGACACCCAGGCCAUGGCGGGGUUUCGAACUGGGGACAUUGCUGCCUUCCAGACCAUCGAGGUGACAGCUGAUGGCACCAGGACCCUCGCCUACCCCGUAGACGAGGAGGGUAGGAGAGAGGACAUUGAAUUCAGCCACGAAGCCACAGUGCUGCUGAUCAAUGGGAUCAGGAGGCGCUACCGAGAGCUGUCCACCAACCACCGGUCCCGCCACCAGAUCUACCGAGACCUGCAUGAUGAGUUCACCAAGCAUGGCUACAACUAUUCGGUGGAGAGGAUUCGCCGCAAGUGGAACAAUUUGUUGGGAACAUACAAGAGAUUAAGAAAAGAUCCCAACCCUGGAAAGCUGCCAUGGGAGUACUUAGACAUGAUGAGUGAGUUUCUCCCUGAAGAUCCCUGCUUCACCACAAACACAGGAGCACUGCCAUUAAACUUGUCUGUGUCCACACCCAGCCAAAGUUCUCAGGAGUCGCCGACUACCUCUUCAGCAGCUUGUGCAAGUGAUGCAUCCUCAGUGAAAGUGCAUGUGCUUCCCCCUAGUGUUGGUAAGGACAUUGAACUUGGAGUGAAGAGACAAAACCUGAUGGAAAAAUACAUGGCCCAAGUGAAAGAAAAGGACGAGUUUGAGAUGGAAUAUAAGAAACGCAAAGAGAGAAGAGAACGUUUGAAAAUUAGAGCGCUGAGGAGAAUUGGCCAGGAGUUAAAUAAUAUUGCCGUGGCACAGUGUGAGAUCUUGAAAAGGCAGGAUCAGAUACUGGCUGCCUUACAGUCAUGAGAACAGCAACUAGAUGAAUGUGUAAAUGUCGGUUUGUCAAUAAAUUUUUAAAGAAAUGUGUAUUGGUUGUAUAAGAAUGCACUUCACAUUUAUGGAGAUGGAAAUCAGAAUAAUGUGAAAGAAGAAUGCAGCCAGACUUGGUAAUUUACACACUAUUAUGAUAACUGAGCAUGCCAGUGUAGUGAUGGGGAAGGAAAAGUUAAUCAUUAUUGGGUAAGCUUUAGGGUCAGUGGAAAAGCAAAACUGUAAUGUAAAGCUUUGGUAAUCUGAAGUGGUGACAAAUUGAUGGAAGAUGGAAAGAAGAGAUCAUCUUCCUGAAAAGAGGCAAUAGAACAGAAAGUGUGAGUGUAAAAAUAUGUUACUUAUUCUCUCCCCUAUUUGUAAGAUGAUACUUGAAACUUGUCACUCAAUACCCUGAUGUGGUCCAUAGCAGAGCAGCCCUGGUAGAACUUUACAGGCCAGCAGUCAGCCAUACAAGAACAGGAUAGCUGGAAAUAUAUGGAUAAUUGCGACCACAGCAAACCCAAAUGCCUUCAAUACAUUAUAUUAACAAAGUCUCACCUCACAAUAAAUGCUCAAUUUUAACAAAAAGAAGGGCUUGGAGACAACAGAUGAUGCUGUACUCAGAUUCCACCAAGCACUGACAAUUGACAUCUGCAAGGACUUUCCAUUCUACAGGUGAAAUUCCACAUUUGAGAAAUUUAAUUAAUUUUGUUCAGGAUAGGUGAGUAGAAGGCUUUGUAAGUAAGCCGUCCAUCACGUCACAUCAACAGUUUCAUUGACUUCUUGUGCGUGUAUUUGUGUAAGAAAGUUGAGAUAAUUAGUGUCUGUGUCUUCUUAAAUCAGGUUGCUAAUCGUGAAGGGAAACAAAGAAAUUGUCUAGGUGAUACUAUAAGUGUGGUUCAUGGGUAUCUGGUAAUAAUCUGAUUAACAGAGAGUUGAAUAUUUGGGUACAUUGAAAGUUGACAGUGAGAUAUAUCCAUAUGUUUGUGGCAAUGUGAUCCAUCACAUCAGACAACAAGUCUUGUCACUGUAUUUUGUUAAGGACUGUAGUGAGCUCUCAGAUGCAUUUAUGAGAUCAUUAGUGAAUAAUUGUUAUGAACAAGAGACUUGAGUCUGUGAUAUCACUGAUCCAAGUAAGGAAAAUAGGACUCACAACUAAUAUUUUCUUAUACCAAUUUAUUAGUGAAUCAUA